AAAUACAUCGCUGCUUACCUUUUGCUUGUUCAAGCUGGAAACACCGCCCCAUCUGCCGCCGACGUCACCAAGGUGCUCGAGUCUGUUGGUGUCGAAGUGGAAUCCGAAAAGCUGGACAAGCUGAUUGCCGAAGUUGAAGGUAAAUCCGUGGAAGAGCUCAUCGCUGAAGGUACCGAAAAGAUGUCCAGUGUCCCAACUGGUGCUCCUGCUGCUGCUGCUGCUUCUGGUGCUGCUGCCGGUGCUUCUGAGGCUGCUGCUGAGGAGGCCGCUGCUGAAGAAGAGGAAGAGGAGGAUGACGACAUGGGCUUUGGUCUUUUCGACUAG